AUGUUUGUUCUUAACCCCUCUGAUUGUUUGACUGGUUCUUCUAAGAUGAGUUCUGGAGUUGCUGAUUUUCAAGAUUGUGUUAAUGCUAUUGAAAUUGUUGAUAUUAACAAAUCAGGUCUCCAAUUUACUUGGACCAAAACUCCUCGAGAACGGUUUCUAAUUCAAAAAUCCAAAAUUAAUUGGUUGAAGGAGGGGGAUAGGAACAGUGCUUUCUUCCAUAAAAGUCUUAAGUGUCGAUUGAAUAGACAUCGGGUGAAUAUUGUGUUGGAUGAGAAUGGGAACUGGAAAAGAGGAAAGGAUGUUCCUGUGAAAUUUGUUGAACAUUUUAAAAGUUUCCUGGGGUUGGAGGUUAAUGUUCAAAAUAUGGAUAACUUUGAGUCCCUUUUUCAAAAUAAAUUGGAUUCUGCUGAUGCUCUUAAUAUGGUUAGAGUUGUCACAGAUGAGGAAAUUAAGAAGGCGAUGUUUGAUAUAGAUAAUAACCGUGCUCCAGGGCCUAAUGAUAAUGGGAAGUAUACUUCUAUUUGGCAUGAUUAUUGGCAUCCAAGUGGGAUUAUUGGGAAUUAUAUCAACCGUAGAAUAAGAUUUGUUGAAGGAUAUAAUGACCAAUCUUCUGUUGAGAAUCUAAGGGUUAAUGGUGAUAUUAGUUGGCCUCAUAAUUGGGUUGUGGUGUUUCCUGGAUUGUUGGAACAACCUAUCUGCGAGGGUAAUCUGAAUGAAGAGGAUUGUAUUCUUUGGAAGGAUAUUAAAGGCAAUUUUGGACCUUUUUCUUCUAAAUUGGUUUGGGACACCAUUCAUCCUCAAGAUGAUAAUGUGUCAUGGUACAAUAUUGUUUGGUAUAGUAAUAAUAUUCCCAACCAUGUGUUUGUUCUUUGGAUUGUUGUCAAUGAAAGAUUGAAAACUCAAGUUAGAGUUAAAAUGUGGGUGAAAUCUAGGAAUUUGACAUGUGCUUUUUGCAAGCUUGUUCCGGAUUCUCAUGAGCAUCUGUUCUUUAAUUGUGCUUUUACGGGAAGGAUUUGGGAUCAUGUUAGGAAGAUUGCUAGAUUGCAUAAUCUGCCAAUUGGAUGGAUGGAUAUAAUUAAUUUCUUUUCUAAUCACAUUAAAGGAAAAUCAUUGGAUUGCAUUAUCAAGAGGUUGUGUCUAACCUAUACAGUCUUUUGCAUAUGGAAGGAAAGAAAUAUUAGGUUGUUUCAAAAAAUGGAAUCAAUUGAACUGAAUAUCAUUAAAGAAGUAGAAGGAAUUAUUCGGCUUAAAUUGUUAGGAAUGAAUUUCCCAUUCAGUAAAGGCAAUGCUGGUAUUUGCAAGAAUUGGGGGAUUAAGAGGUUAAAGAAUUGGCCAGAAGAGGAUAGCAGCACUAGUUUUGAUCCUAAUGGAAUUAGCUCGAAUAGAUUGGUGUAG